AUGGAUUCACGCGCAAAUAGCCCGCUACCGGCUAUGCCAAAGCGCAAACCAGUCGCCCCGCUCGCACACCCCACACCCACCUCGACACCAGAGCGCGAGCUCACCAGCACGCUCGUCCCCAAUGCCUUUCUCGCCCUCACCACUCUCCUGCUCGCCCUCUCUCUCUCCUGGCCGCUGCGGUGGAUCGUGUCCGGAGCACCCUCAUUAGUAUAUGUCAUCCUGCUUGGCGAGGCCAAUGGACACCGCAUUCUCCCAUUUGCUCCCAUAUGGACCAUCUUCGCUACCGUCAACCUGGCCUAUGCCGUGUGCGCCACAUCAUGGCUCCUCUACUGGGCCUUCUUCGCAUGUUGCUGGCCUGCACUUCUCGUCACGUGCCUUUACCAGUUCGAAGCUGCUGCUGCCCUCGCCCGGCGCAGUCUACGAAAGACCUUUUUGCGCGACCUGCACUUCAUCAACGACCAGAUAGCCCUCUUCGACUUGCCAGCCCUGGAAAUCGACACUGAAGUCAAAGGCCUUUUUGUCAUUCGCGGAGUCACGCUAUCGCUCUCCACAAUGACACUCGUGGCCCAUGGUGUUGAAGCGGGAAUCAAACUCUCAGACGACAUCGAGUUGGGCAUACAGGUCGACAAGGUCGUCGUACCCCUGCUUCGGGAAAUCAUCGUCGAUGACGUCUAUGCAAAUGUCAAAGGCGGCGACUGGGAAGUUACCUUUGGCGACGUCGCAUACGGAGUUCCAGAGCCAGAUGACGACGACUCGGUCGUCGUAACCAAUACAGCUAUCCUCCGCGCAGCAACAGAAAAGGGCGGUAUAACUGGUCGUCCACAUGACAUGGUCAGAGAAUUUACGGCCGGAAAUGUCCCAACAGAGGCUCAAGACGCUGCAUCCGCAUUUUCAUCGGUCAAGAAAGUAGCGCCCAACGAAGAGCAGGCACACACAAAGUACAAGGAGCUGGUACGCUACAUUGACGAAACCAGCGCCAUUACCAUUGCAAAGAAACAGCUCGCCGAGGCCUCAAAGGCGCGCAAAGACGCCGCUGCCGCUGCCGCCGCCAAUGCCCAACAAAACGAAGAAAAACAGGGCAAGCAGAAACGGAAAAGAAGAGAAGAGCCAGGAGUUCGUCUCGACAUUGACAACAUGAACGACUUCCGUGCCGCCAUCUGCACCCAUAUUCAUGAGCAGCCGUCCAUACCCCACCCACCGUCCAAGUCGAUCAGGCUUUCCACGUUGCGCAAGACGUCGUACCCGAACGUCAAGAAGUUUCUGCACCGGCUACCAUUCCUCUACCGACUAUUGCUCAGCCCCAUCUGCUAUUUCCAUCCUGUCAAGUUCAAGUCUGUGACCGCCGCCGGGUCAGGCAAAUGGUUUACAGCGCUGAUGAAGAAAUAUUUUUUCAAGCACUACUCAUCCCAGGACGGCGAAAUUCGCAGACUUGAGGCCCGCAUAUCUGCCUGGUGCGCCGACGCCAACUUCGCGGUUGAAUUCGGCCAAAUUCAAAGCGAGGCACAGUUCCCCAUUAAUACGAACUACAACAUCCAAACAAAAUUCAAAAUAUCCGACGUCAUGGCGUAUAGGGUCCUACCAGAUGCUGUCGAACUGAAACAGGUUGUCCGGCUGGGAGGCGCAAAUGCCGUUCUCACCAUACCCACGUUUCUCUUUCCACACCACGAGCACAUCUUCCCCCAGAAAGCAAGCGACUUUGAGAUACUUGAGAUUGAGUCGGAAAUCAAUGAAGCCGAGCCUACGCCCAAGCAAGCACAGGCCCGAAAGGAACUGCAGCGGCUAAAGAGGGAUGAAGCAGCUAUGCACAUCAGUGCGCAUGCACAUUUGCCAGCACAGUUCCAUCAAGACUUGCUCAAUUUUGUCGCCGCAAUCGUCAAAGCCACAAAGGUCAUCGAAUCAGACAAGGACUUUGAGGAAGCCAAAGUUCUACGCGAGUUGAAGCGUGUCAGCACGAACCUUUCCGACAGCGAGGCCAGCAGUCUAGCAUCAGUCAGCAGCCAAACGACGGAAAGUACACAAACCACGAUUAGUGGCAACGAAGACAAAAGCUUCAAGGCUUUUCUGAAGAAGGUGGAUAGCGGAUUUAAGGAAGCGUCGAACAAGACCAUGGUAGGGAUGCGAAAAGCUGGCCAGAACACAGUGCAUGCAAUGGCUAAUGAUCGCUGGAUCGCACGGCUGGUUGGCAAGGUGACUAGAAAGCUGGAAAAAGUGCAAGGCGAAUUCGGGUACAGCGGCGAUGUUCCCAUACCACUGGACAAGUACCGCGUGCGCCAUGAGUUUGAGGAAAAGCUUUUGCCGUGA